CCCGGCCAUGCGGUGAGGCUUCCCAUCUGCCCUCCUGGAUGCUGCUGCUGCUGCUGUGAGCCCAUCAUCAUCAUCACCAACAGAUUUAUCCGCCAGAUUGUUGCGGUGCAGGUGGCCAUCCCACUGUGAUCGACUCCUCCGCCAUCAGCAAGCUCACUGUCAGCAGCAGCCCCCGCAGAUCCCACCGGUGCUCGUGAGACGCCCGUCGUCGCCUCGUCACAAUGCGCGAUCCAUUCCCCGUCGAGGCGCCCGAGUGGCUCAUCCGCGUCGUUCAGCCGUACGCCGAAGCGGCCGGUUUCCCGUCCCUCUCGCUGCACGCGCACGAGGCCAUCUUCGCCUUCCUCAUGUACACCUUCGUCAACGAGGUCGUGUCGCCCAUCGGCAGCAGGUUGAUCUGUCCCAACAUCUACAACAACUUCAGCCGGCGCACGCAGAUCAACUGGAACGUCCACGUCACCUCCUUCUUCCAGUCCGUCCUCAUCAGCGCCUUCUCGCUGUGGAUCAUCUUCUUCGAUGAGGACCGAGCGGCCAUGCGCGCGCGGUCGAACUAUGAGGAUCGGGUUUGGGGAUACGACGGCAUGAACGGCCUGUGCCAGUCGUUCGCCCUGGGAUACUUCGUCUGGGACUUCAUCAUCUGCGUGUGGAGGGUGGAUAUCUUCGGGUGGGGUAUGGUGGCCCACGCCAUCAGCGCCCUCUCGGUGUUCUCGUUCGGAUACCGGCCGUUCGUCUACUUCUACGCCCCGGUCUUCCUCCUCUACGAACUCAGCUCCCCGUUCCUCAACGUGCACUGGUUCUGCGACAAGGUCAACCUCACCGGCUCCACCAUCCAGGCCGUCAACGGCGCCCUCCUGACCGGCACCUUCUUCGGCUGCCGCCUGAUCUGGGGCAACAUCAGCAGCAUCCUCGUCUUCUACGACAUCUUCCGCGGCGUGCGCUACGGCAACAGCCAACACAUCACGACCGCGCGGCCGAGCUACACCCCGGCCGAGCUCCUCGCCAUCGCCCGCGACGGCGACGGGCAGCGCAUGGCCUUCGCCACCGAGUCGUCCAUCCCGCUCUGGCUGGCGGCCAUCUACUUGGCGUCGAACCUGACGCUCAACUCGCUGAACGUGUUCUGGUUCGGCAAGAUGAUCCAGACGAUCCGCAAGCGCUUCGACCCGCCCUUCGGCACCAAGGGCGUCGGCCCCGAAGUGAUCCAUUGGGAGCCGCAGGAGCAGAGCACGCUGGCCGCGCUCGAGGGCGACGUCGCCAUCACCGCCCUCGACCACGAACACACCCGCCGCCUGAAGCUCGGCCGCCAGAUCUCCAGCGCGCCCGGGACCGUGCUCCAGGAGAAGACGCAGCCGAACGGCUCCAAGAGCAUCGAGGUCCAGGGCUCGAGGACGGUGCGGUCGCGCAAGGCCUGAAGCGGAUGAUCGAGAUGGAAAAACCCCCAGCGAGACGGGUUCGUGGCUCAAGGAGGCGGAUGGAGGGGUGGUGUGUGUGAGAGAGAGAGUGAGAGAGAGAUAAGCCACUCGCAUGGGGCGGGAUGGGGAGGACGGGGAGAAGGGACAGCCACCGCGACGCACGAACUCUUUUCUUCUCCUUCUUCUUCUUCUUCUUCUCCUCCGCGCCGGGCUGGACGUCUCAUGUCAUGUGGAUUCGGUAACGAUGGAACACGCGGGAGGGAGAGGGGUGGGGGGAACCGGACCAUCCCAAACGACGGGGUGUCAUGUAUAUGCGUGAAACGUUCUUUUGGAAUGACCACUCGAAUUAAUUUUUUGAUACA